CGUUCACAAGUAUGGCAAUGCGCUUUUGCGCUUCCACGAAUAGAAACUUCAGAGAGGAUUGUACUUGUUGAAAUUCAUGGAAUCUGUGAAUAUUGCCGUUUAUCGACCUAUGUUUGUAUCGGUUUCCUCUGUGAUGUUUCUGGCUCAAAGGAUGGCUUACACUCAGUGCAUACUCACUCUUCAAGAACAAAUAUCUACUUUCUAUAGAAUAAAACCUUAAUCUCAAAGGUUUUUCCAUCUAUACAAUCCCCCUGUUCUGUCAAAGAGGAAUAAAAAGCUUAACAUGAACUACAUUUGAGAGAAUGAUGUGGUAAGCCAAAAGCCACAUCCACGGUUUUGUGAACAGAGAGGAUCAUGACAUUGUGAGCCUUGAACUUUUCCCGGGAGCUGGACAAGAGUCAUGGGCAAGGAGCAGGACCUUCUUCUGGCUGUGAAGAAUGGAGACCUUCCCUUAGCUCAUAAACUUCUGGCCAAGACCAAGACCAACCGAAGUAAGUUACUGGGCUCCGCAAAGAGGCUGAAUGUGAACUACCAAGACCAAGAUGGGUUUUCAGCACUUCACCAUGCAGCUCUCACUGGCACUACUGACCUGCUGUCUCUGCUGUUGGAGGCACAGGCUACCGUGGACAUAAAAGACAGUAAUGGUAUGCGUCCGUUGCACUAUGCUGCCUGGCAGGGGAAGGCUGACUCUGUACUAAUGCUGCUGAGAGCUGGAGCUUCUGUGAAUGGGGCUUCACAAGAUGGACAGAUCCCUCUCCACCUGGCCGCACAAUACGGACACUAUGAAGUGUCUGAAAUGCUACUGCAACACCAGUCCAACCCUUGCGCUGUCAACAAAGUAAAGAAGACCCCUCUGGACCUAGCCUGUGAGUUUGGCAGACUCAAGGUGACCCAGCUGUUGUUGAGCAGUAACAUGGUGGUAGCUCUCUUAGAGGGGAAUGGGCGAGAUAAUACCCCCCUACACCUUGCUGCUCGCAAUGGCCAUAAGGACAUCAUCAGACUGCUGCUGAAAGCUGGGAUUGACAUCAACAGAACUACUAAAGCUGGUACAGCUCUGCACGAGGCUGCCCUCUAUGGGAAAACAGAAGUAGUAAAACUGUUGCUUGAUGCUGGAAUUGAUGUGAACAUCCGCAACACCUACAACCAAACAGCCCUGGACAUUGUGAACCAGUUCACCACUUCACAUGCCAGCAAAGAAAUCAAACAACUUCUAAGAGAUGCCAGUGGAGCAUUGCAAGUGAGAGCAUUGAAGGACUACUGGAAUCUCCACGACCCCACUGCACUCAACAUCCGGGCAGGAGAUGUAAUCAUGGUCUUAGAGCAGCACAUGGAUGGACGUUGGAAAGGGCACAUCCACGACAGUCAGAGAGGUACUGAUCGUGUGGGAUACUUCCCUCCCUCCAUCAUAGAGGUCAUUAGUCGCAGAUCAGGGGGUGUUCUCUCCCGGCAGGCCUCACUGCCUAUCCAGAAACAUCACAUUCUAUCCAGGGUCCUGCCCCCACACAGUUCUAAUCCCACCUCUCACACAGAUGACUCCUACACCCUAUACUCAUCCACCCGUCCUGUCCUGACUCAACAGAACGGGCUGGAUCAGCACCCAGGUCCACUUCCCGACAGUCCCAGUGCCCCAUGUAAGCCAGCUAGUCCCAAAGAGCCAGAGGAUAUUUGGGUCCUCAGGACCUCUCUUGAUGGAGACAGGAACAGUGUGGGCAGUGCAGGCAGCAUGGGCAGCAGUCGCAGUGCUGGCAGUGGACAGAGCACUGAGGGAAACUUUCUCCACAACGGACCCCAUCAGUCACCUGCUUCUCUGCCUCCCUCUGCUGGAGAAUUGGUGGAACAGUGCUGUCAAAUCCCUGAAUCAACCAAACAGAUAGACCCUCAUUCAGGUGCUCUUGGACGUAGGGUGCCUCUGAACAUCUCUAGAACUGGAGAGCAACAUGUCCAUCCACAGCAACUUCUAGUUGGCAGGGAUGCUGAGGCUAUUUACCACUGGCUCAGUGAGUUUCAGCUUGAGCAGUACACAUCUAAUUUCCUCACGGCUGGCUAUGAUGUGCCCACUAUCAGCAGAAUGACCCCUGAGGAUCUCACUGCUAUUGGUGUGACAAAGCCUGGCCAUCGCAAGAAGAUCUCCAUGGAGAUCAGCAACUUGAAUAUCCCUGAGUGGUUGCCAGAUUACAUUCCAUCUGAUAUUGGCAAAUGGCUCAGUGCUAUUGGGCUGCCACAGUACCAGAAAAAGCUAGCAGAGAAUGGGUAUGACUCCAUCAGUAUAGUGCAGGACAUCACUUGGGAGGAUCUGCAGGAAAUUGGCAUCACUAUGCUGGGCCAUCAGAAGAAGUUGAUGCUUGCUGUGAAGAAGCUCAGUGAUGUGCAGAAGGCUCGUAAGAGCCAAGCAGAGGGCCAGGCACUGCUACAGCGUAGGAGAGCUCCUCCUGCCCUGGAGCUGGUGGCAAUUGAGCACCACGAGAGCUCCGACUGCCCCUCCUCUCCUCUAUCACCAAAGAUGCUCACUUUCCAGGAUAGCGAGCUAAGCACAGAGCUCCAAAAUGCCAUGGCUCGGAGCGGGUACACUGGAGGCCAAGAGGGUCUUGGCAGCAUGAGCGGAGCAGCCAUGCAUCUUAGUCAAGAGAGCAUUGGCACACAAUCAGGGGGAUCUGGGCGGUCACAGGAACGCCCGAUGGCAUCAGUCACCCCCCACAGUCGCUUACAGGAGAGCCUGGGCAUUCUGGACAGUAGCCCCAGCAAGGAGCAUCAUGCAGUUGUAGAGUCUCAGGAAAGAAGCCAAAUAUCACCUAUCCAAAUGGUAUCACAGCACCAUCACUCUUUAUCUGGUAGUCCAAUGUCGGCACGGACACCACCCAUAAUGACCAGUAAGAUAGCACACUUUGCAUACUCAACUGUUCAGACCAAGCCCAGACCAGCAGCCUCUCCCACCCAGCCCCAAUACUGCUCACCACAUGGAUCACCUGUUCAGAGAGGUUUCAGCUACUUGCAACAUCAAAACAGUAACUCCAGAUUGGGAAGUCCAGCUCCAAUCAGGGCACAGCAGGAAAAUGGAAAGGCAUCCCAGUCCAAAAAGCGCACUCAAAGUCUUUCACGCUACGCUCUGUCGGAUGGAGAGAAUGAAGAAGACGACAAAUCGCCACCUACAACUUCAGCCAACCUGGUUACAUAUGCCACGCUAACUCGCAAGCCUGGUCGCAGUCAGCCAUCUUACGGUCCCUGUGAGCGCCAGCUGGGCCGCAGUCAUUCCUUUGCCAUACGUGCCAAGAGUAAGGGUCCUCCUCCACCCCCUCCAAAGCGGCUAAGCUCUGCCCCAAGUGGAGUGAAUUCAAGUGGGGUUGAAACAGAGAGUGCAGGAAGUGUAAGAAGCAUUGCAGCUAAACUGGAGAGCAAUGCAGGAAGCCCAAGUAAGACAUGCAACAGCCCUUGUUUUAGAGCCAUCUCACCAGCCACCCCACCAAAAAACAUGGAAAACCGUAGGAGAACCACCAGUGAAUCUUCAAUGUAUGCAGCAGAGCACAGCGGAGAAAAACCUGUGGAGGAAAACAAGAGUCCUCUGAGGAAUCAGCAGUAUGCAUGUUCACCCGCACGAGGGAGCUCACAAGAGAGCAUACCUUUCGCUGAAGAGGGCAAAGUUACUAUCAAACAAAGGACCAAAAUAGCAAGCACUAAGACGGAGUCUGAGGCCAAUGUUGAAAUUCGGAAGCCGGUGAAAUCAAUCAAAUUAGCCAUAGAGGAGCCAGAGUUUAACUUAAAAGAAUCAGACACUGUCAAGAGGAGACAUAAACCAAAAGAACUGCAGACCAAAGAUCAGGACACAAGCACGCACAUAGGAAAUGAAAGGGCCACAGAGACUGAGAUGGUCUCGCAACAAAUGCAGAAUGGAGGAUUGACAAAAAAUCCUUAUAAACCUACAACCUCUCUGAAACCAGGCUCUCAACCUAAACCUCCCACCCCUUCAAAGUCCACAUGCCAUUCUACUGCAGCAACCACAGGAGUGACAGUCAAUGCCAUUCAGAGUGUGGCCUUUGCUGUUUCACCACCAUGCAGUCCUCUGGCUCGAUGUCCCCCAAACAAAGUGCCUCAAGGUCAGUUUGUGCUGUCAGGAAAGCCACAAGAUGUGACAGAAGGCCAGGACGUGCUGGUACAUAAACGACUAGAGCAAACGAGCACAUCUUUAGAGGCAGCACUUAAAGUAGUGGAGAGGAAGUUGGCUCAGGAGGAUCCAAGAAACAGUGGCAUUAACACAGUGAAGUCAGCUGGGAACAUUCUUGACGAUAUAGGGAACAUGUUUGAUGAUCUUGCUGACCAGCUGGAAGCCAUGUUGGAUUGACCUGAUUCCUACAACCUUUGCAUGGGGCCUUCAUAUGGACACUUCUAGAAGGUUUAGAGAUGCAGUGUUCGGUUUGGAAAUAAUCUGACUUCUAACACUUUGUUUACAAUGCACUGUGAUUCAGCGGGCCUGCUUACAAGUACUGGCUUUAACAAUUGAAUUAAAUUAUCUACAUUUAAAGGGAUAGUUCGCCUAAAAAUGAAAUUCUGUCGUUAUUUACUUAAGAAGACUUGAAGAGUCUCAAAGAUUAGGCACACAACAUGAGACAUGAUGCUCUCACAUAUCUCAUAUCAAACUUUUGUUUUCUGCAUUUUACACUCAACGGGACAAUGUGUGUCUCUAUCAUAAGCACUUGCAUGUAAAGCUCUUCAAGCAGAGACACUUUAAUUUCCUGUGGUGCUCCGAUCAAGACACAGUUGACCUCUAGCAAUGGGUAUACAGUGUAAAAUCUAAGUGAGAUACAAUCUGAAAUCUGUUUGAAAUUCUCUGACAUGCAGUAUCACUUUUAGAUUUCUUGUAUUUAGACUGAACGAUCCACUAUUCUCUGUUCAAACAUAAGUAAUAAUACAGUUAAUCUUUAAGAGAAAACAACCUAUCCAUAUAAUGGAAUGGAGUUAAAAAGAUAAUCAACCAAAACAACUGUUGUCAGUGCUGAGUUCAUCAUUUGUUGACACAAACCUCAUGGACCAAGUAUGUUUGACUGUAAUAUUAUUGUAACCUAAUCAGUUGACAAAGGUACAAGGGCAGUACUGAAGGGUCCAUUUCUUGCCAACAGAUUCAGUGAUCAUCUGCUGAACUUGAUGUUUUGUACAGUAUACCCUAAUUUGCACUGUACAUUGUAUAAUGUUCGAACCUUUGCAUAAUAAUUUAACUAGAUUUUAAAGGGAUAGAUCAUCAUUCACUCAUCCUUAUGUUUUUUUCAAAACACUUAUGACUUUUUCUUUUGUGGAACACAAAAGGGGAUGUUAGGCUAAAUGUUAGCAUACUGUAUAACAUACUGUAUAACAUCUCCUUUUUGUGUUCCUUUGAAAAAUAGAAAGUUGUACAGAUCUGAAACAACAUGAUGGUGUAUAAAUGAUUUUUGGGUGAAAAAAAAACUUUUCUUAACAUUUGAAUAUAGCAGUAAUCUAUUUUGACAACCAUUGUGUUUUAUGGAAAUGCUAAUACAUUGGAUGAAUCGCAUCUAUUAUAUAUAUAUAUAUUUUAUAAGAAUGAUAAUUUAUUCGAUUUGUCUGGUUAGAAAGGGACAGUCCCUCUGGGUGAACGCUGUAACUGGAUGAAAUUUGCAGGCAAAAUAGAUUUGUAUGAACCACAGGAACAACAGAAAUGCUUUUGGAAAGAAAUAAUUUUUUUAGACACAGUUGACCAAAAAAAUAACUGAGGCUUGUGUAACUGACUUUAAUAUUAAUAGAUUAGGGCACAUGUGGUUAAAACACACAAAAAACAUUGCCAAAUUAUAGUAAAUUACUAUGAUGUGGUAGGAUAUUCAGGACAAGUGUAGUAAAUGUUUAAAUUGAGCAUUAAUUGCUUGAAUGGCAACUCCUGUGACUCUUGUGCACUUUUUCCACAUUUAUGUAGUGUAUGCACUAUAUGUAUCUUUUAUUGUAUGCAUUUAUAUUUUCGUUUACCAGUUCUUGUCUAUUCUGCAUGUACUGUACACUGGUUAGAUAACCAGUACCUGACUGAAAGAGACCUUUCUCUAACUGUUUGAUGUAACCUACAUUGUUCAAAAGAAACUUACAUGUUAUAACUUGUGGCUGCAAGAAGACCAGAGCAUCCUGUUCUUGCAUGAUUUUUUAAGUAACAAUCUGAAAUUAUAGGUUUUGUAUUAUAUAGCAUAUUAAUAUUUUGAUGGACUUCAGAAAAAAAAAAAAAAAAAACAGCACUGUUGGUGCUACAGUAUCAUUUAAAUGCACACUGUGUACUUUAUGUCCCAAAGUUCAUUCCGUAUUGCAAUGCGUUGUGUGGCAUUGCAAUGUCAUUGAUAAUUGCUUUGCUGUGUGGUGCUAGGAAGACCCAUGAGUACCAUCAGUAUAAAUAGGCUUCUUAUUUAACAAAGUAUUUGAAAACAUUAAAUAAAACAAGAUCUUCGAGAGCUCAAUCUUCA